AUGGGAAGGCACAGGAGAGGGAUCAGGAAGGCGACGAUCAUGGAGAUCCAACAGGUCGUCGGAGUCCAGACGAGAGCGAGGGUGCUGGCUCUGGCGGCGGAGAAGGCGGGCGCCGCCGCCGGUUCGAUGGGGAGGAAAGCCGGGGCCGGCGGAUUGCAGAUCUCCUGCCUCCAAUUGCGCAGCCACAGGCUCUCUGAGACGCUUGGGAGGAAGAACAGAGCUGCUGGCAAGAGGGGGAUGGUGGCGGAUGGUGCUGCGGCAGCUGCAUCUAGACUGGCAACUGGUGGCGGAAAUUCAGUGGCGGGGGGGUUUUGUCUAGGCGGUGGUGGCGCUGACUGUGGUGGCUGCGUCUCCGACUGCUCGAGCAAUGCGUCCUGCGAAUCGGUUGUAGCUGCGGCGGAGCGCAAGAAUGGGAGAACCAGAUCUGGUUGUCUCGCGUCGGAGGUGACUGUGGAAACGGAACUUUAUCUACGUACACAGCGUUGUGUAGCGUGUAGCGUGUUGUGUGGAGAGGAUGACGACGGAGCCUCUGCCUGUUUCUUCGUCUGUCUGUCUGCAUUGUUAUCCUCGUUUCUUAGAAUUUCGUUUAUUCGACGUUGGCAGGACGGGGACGCCGCCGCCACCGCCACCGCCACCGCCACCGCCACCGCCACCGCCACCGCCACCGCCACCGCCACAGCCGGUUGUGAUUACGAUGGGGAGCUCGAGAGGUAACGUGAUUUGUUUUACUAUCGUCCUUUCUUGUACCGUCUUUCGAAGUUUGGUGUUAAAUUUCCGCCAUCCUGAAAACUCUGUCGUACAACUGAAAUUUCCGAGGUCAGUAGGGCGCCGAUCUCCGUGCUUUUCACCCCUUCUACCCCACCUAUUCUUUCUUACGAUUUGAUAUUUUUCGCCAAAAGAAGCCUCGCAAUCAUGCAUAUGGCCCUACUUUUGGAGCAGAUGGAAGGAGAAAACGUCCAUGUCGUCGUCAGAAGAAACGGAAUCUUCGGCGAGACCCACGGAAUGGGGCAAGCCAUCCCCCCGGGCAUCGACAAGGCCGUUUGGGGAGUCUCUCCCGAGCUCCCCACUGCCGCCAUCGGAGACCGAGAUGGAGGAGUUCUUCCUCGUAGCGGAGAGGCAGGAGCGGAAGCGCUUUGCCGACAAGUAAGUAGCCUCCGUCAUAUAUCUCUGCAACCACCCCCCGUCUUCGAAGUUGGCUCUUGGUUGGUUGACCCUUAUUCUUCCUCCCUCCCCCUCCUCGUCGUUCGACCAAUGGCGGCAGGUACAACUACGACGUGGUGAAGGACGUGCCGAUGGAGGGCAGGUACAAGUGGUUCCCGAUCCUUUCCUGA